CGUUCCAAAAGACUUUCCACCCUGAAAGCUCCGUUAUACCGGCUGUGACCUUUCAACCGGCAGGAGUCAAAGGGUACGGGCAAAAUGGCGGCCGCUGCUGAGGGGGAGAGCGCUGGCGGGGUCCGGCGGGCUCGCUGCUGAGGGGGAGCUUCGUACGGCCCGGAGAGCCCGCGCUGUGCCGCUGUGCGCCCCCGCCCUCCAUGCCGACCGGCCCCGGCCGACUGCCUCGGAGGAGAACGAGCCGCGGGAGCCCCCAGCCCAGCCGCCGCCCGGAGCAGCGCCGUUAAGGCCGGGCCGCGGCGGGGUUUUGCGGCGCCGCCAGCGCUCCCCCCGCCCGGGCCGCUCGCCCCGCGGCACCGUCUGUCCCAGCUGUCAGCGGAGGGCGCUGCCCCGGGAGCGGGCACCCCUCGGCCCUGCCUGCCCAGCCGCCCCGGCUGAGGCCUUGCCCGGCUCGGUAGCUCCCACCUCCCCUGCCCGUUGAUUUACGUACCUUCUGCGGGAAGGAAGCAGUGAGCGCCUCUGAACUGGUAUCGUACCCCCAGUGGAGAGAGGGGUUGUGUGCUGCACUCAUACGAGGUUUAUGUAGAAAGACUGAAUGCUGAAUGUUGUUUGUCCUAUAAUUAUGGUGCUCGUUCAAGCCGAGAAUGCCUGACCGUUGGGAAUCACAGAUCCGCAGGGGAGAUGAGUGAUCAAGUACAACCUGACACAGGGAAAUACCGGAGGACUCAUCAAGCGAGGAUGAUGUUGAUGCCAGUCUGACGGUCAGCAGUGUGUAUUUAGUGCUGCUGUUCAGGAUGAAUAGGAAGAAAGGAGACAAAGGAUUUGAGAGCCCAAGACCAUAUAAAUUAACUCACCAGGUAGUUUGUAUCAACAACAUAAAUUUUCAGAGAAAGUCUGUUGUAGGUUAUGUGGAACUGACAAUAUUUCCCACAGUUGCAAACUUGAAUAGAAUCAAACUCAACAGUAAACAGUGCCGGAUUUACAGAGUAAGAGUCAACGAUUUAGAAGCAGCUUUCAUCUAUAAUGAUCCAACGCUGGAGGUUUGUCACCAUGAGUCAAAGCAGAGGAAUCUCAACUAUUUUUCCAAUGCCUACGCUGCUGCAGUCAGUGCUGUGGACCCAGAUGCUGGAAAUGGAGAACUCUGCAUUAAGGUUCCCUCAGAGCUGUGGAAACAUGUUGAUGAAUUAAAAGUCCUGAAGGUGCAUAUAAACUUUUCUCUGGACCAGCCAAAAGGAGGCCUUCAUUUUGUGGUACCCAACAUGGAGGGCAGCAUGGCAGAAAGAGGGGCUCAUGUCUUUUCAUGUGGUUAUCAAAAUUCUACAAGAUUUUGGUUUCCUUGUGUCGAUUCAUAUUCUGAGUUAUGUACCUGGAAACUUGAGUAUACUGUAGAUGCUGCAAUGGUGGCCGUUUCAAAUGGAGAUUUGGUGGAAACUGUAUAUACCCACGAUAUGAGAAAGAAGACUUUUCAUUACAUGCUGACUAUUCCAACUGCAGCUUCUAACAUCUCCUUGGCAAUAGGACCUUUUGAAAUCCUUGUUGAUCCGUACAUGCAUGAGGUGACUCACUUCUGCUUACCACAACUUCUCCCAUUGCUAAAACAUACCACAUCAUACCUUCAUGAGGUGUUUGAAUUUUAUGAGGAGAUUCUUACUUGCCGCUAUCCCUACUCCUGUUUCAAGACUGUUUUUAUAGAUGAAGCUUAUGUUGAAGUAGCUGCUUAUGCAUCCAUGAGUAUUUUCAGCACGAAUCUCUUACACAGCGCAAUGAUUAUAGAUGAAACUCCGUUGACAAGGAGGUGCUUAGCACAGGCUCUGGCCCAGCAGUUCUUUGGAUGUUUUAUAUCCAGAAUGUCCUGGUCAGAUGAAUGGGUGCUAAAGGGAAUCUCAGGUUAUAUUUAUGGCCUUUGGAUGAAAAAAACCUUUGGUGUUAAUGAGUAUCGCCACUGGAUUAAGCAGGAGUUAGAUCAAAUAGUGGCAUAUGAGCUGAAGACUGGUGGAGUUUUACUGCAUCCAAUAUUCGGAGGAGGAAAAGAGAAAGACAACCCUGCUUCACAUUUACAUUUUUCUAUCAAACACCCUCAUACGCUGUCCUGGGAAUAUUACACUAUGUUCCAGUGUAAAGCGCAUCUUGUUAUGAGACUGAUUGAGAACAGGAUUAGCAUGGAGUUCAUGUUACAGGUUUUCAACAAGUUGUUGAGUCUGGCCAGCACUGCUUCAUCUCAGAAGUUCCAGUCACACAUGUGGAGUCAGAUGUUGGUUUCCACAUCUGGGUUUUUGAAAUCUAUCUCAAAUGUCUCUGGCAAAGACAUCCAACCUUUAAUAAAGCAGUGGGUGGAUCAGAGUGGAGUGGUAAAAUUUUAUGGUAGUUUUGCAUUUAAUAGAAAACGGAAUGUAUUGGAAUUGGAAAUAAAACAAGACUACACGUCUCCUGGGACUCAGAAAUACGUGGGUCCUCUGAAAGUGACAGUGCAGGAACUUGAUGGAUCAUUCAACCAUACGUUGCAGAUUGAGGAAAACAGUCUUAAACAUGAUAUACCUUGCCAUUCUAAAAGCAGAAGAAAUAAGAAGAAAAAGAUUCCACUGAUGAAUGGAGAAGAGGUGGACAUGGACCUGUCUGCUAUGGAUGCUGAUUCCCCCUUGCUCUGGAUAAGAAUAGACCCUGAUAUGUCAGUACUGAGGAAGGUGGAAUUUGAGCAAUCUGAUUUCAUGUGGCAAUACCAGCUUCGAUAUGAGAGAGAUGUGGUUGCUCAAGAAGAAGCCAUUCUGGCAUUGGAAAAGUUCCCUACUCCAGCAUCACGGCUUGCACUGACUGAUAUACUGGAACAGGAACAAUGUUUCUACAGAGUGAGAAUGCUGGCCUGCUUCUGCCUUGCAAAGAUUGCAAAUUCCAUGGUAAGUACGUGGACUGGACCACCAGCCAUGAAGUCACUCUUUACCCGAAUGUUUUGUUGUAAGACUUGUCCGAACAUCGUAAAAACCAACAACUUCAUGAACUUUCAAAGCUACUUUCUGCAAAAGACUAUGCCUGUUGCUAUGGCUCUUCUGAGAGAUGUUCACAACCUCUGUCCUAAGGAGGUUUUAAUGUUUAUUUUGGAUUUGAUCAAGUAUAACGAUAACAGGAAGAAUAAGUUUUCAGACAACUACUAUCGUGCUGAGCUGAUUGAUGCCCUAGCCAACUCUGUGACUCCUGCAGUUAGUGUGAACAAUGAAGUUCGAACAUUGGAUAACUUAAAUCCUGAUGUUCGACUUAUUCUUGAAGAAAUUACCCGUUUCCUGAAUAUGGAGAAGCUUCUUCCCAGUUACAGGCAUACCAUUACAGUCAGCUGUUUAAAAGCUAUUCGAGUGCUUCAGAAGAAUGGUCAUGUCCCAAGUGAUCCUGCUCUCUUCAAGUCAUAUGCAGAAUAUGGACACUUUGUAGAUGUCCGAAUAGCAGCAUUGGAGGCUGUCGUUGAUUACACAAAAGUUGAUAGGAGCUAUGAAGAACUACAGUGGCUGCUUACUAUGGUUCAGAAUGAUCCUGUACCCUACAUAAGGCAUAAGAUUCUGGAUAUGCUGACUAAGAAUCCACCUUUUACCAAGAAUAUGGAGUCCCCUCUAUGUAAUGAAGCUUUGGUAGAUCAACUUUGGAAACUGAUGAAUUCAGGAACUUCACAUGAUUGGAGAUUACGAUGUGGUGCUGUGGACCUUUACUUCACACUUUUUGGCCUCAGCAGACCUUCUUGUUUACCGUUACCAGAGCUUGGACUUGUUCUUAAUCUGAAAGAAAAGAAGGCUGUACUUAAUCCAACGAUUAUCCCUGAAUCAGUUGCAAAUAAUCAGGAACCUGUGAAUAGUACUAACAAUCAUGGACAGUCAGUGGGAUUUCAGAACACCGAGGAUGAUCAUCUUGUUAAGGAAACAGCAUCCAGCAUUUCUGGUCAUCAGCAGGGGGUGAAGAGGAAGGCUGAUAUGCCACUCGGGUCUCCAUUGGAGCCAGGGCAAAUACUAGAGAAGAAUGAAGACAGUAAAGUCAAACUCAAAAUCAGAUUCUCAAACUCCCAAGAAGAGGAAGAAAUUGAUAUGGACACAGUUCAUGACAGUCAAGCCUUUAUUUACCAUCAUUUGAAUAUGUUGGAGAGACCAUCCACACCAGGUAAAGAACAAUCUUCGGGAGAGAUGAACAUGCACCCUGUCUCAGCAGCUCCACUCUCUGUGUUUAGUAAAGAAUCAAACUCCUCAAAACAUAGUGAUCAUCAUCACCAUCACCACCAUGAGCACAAGAAAAAGAAGAAGAAACACAAGCAUAAGCAUAAGCAUAAACAUAAACAUGAUAAUAAAGAAAAGGAUAAGGAUCCCUUUGCUUUCUCUAACAGUCCAGCCAGUGCACGAUCAAUCCGUUCCCCGUCACUUUCAGACUGAUACGGUGGCUUCUCUGGAGUUCAACCUGCAAUAUUCUCUGAAUACGUAGAAGGAUGUACAUAACUAUAGCUUCUAUCUUUUUUUAUGGAAAUAAGAAUAUGCGAAUUGCCUUAGCAAUUCAGAAGCUCUGCCGCCGUCCUCGUUUGAAGCCUUCUAUUUGCAUAUGCGGUUGUUGAAAUAAUAGGAUUCAAAAAAUAUGUUUUAUGAUUCUGAGUCAUUUUGUAUUUCACUGUUCUCCACACCUCCCACUCUUUUUUCCAUUUUGAACAAAGAAAACAGCCCUUUAUGUAAGGGCCCCAUGUCCACUGGCAACCCCCUGCACAUCAUGCUGACCAUGUGUACUGCCAGAACCAAUUAUGUUUUAAGCCUUUGAAGAAUGUUAUGAGGCAGAGUAUGUUUUAAGCAGAAGCCAAUUGCCAGACCUUUGGUGAAGUGCUGUUCCCAGAGUAGUAUUGUAUAACCGAGCGUAGACCUCCUGAGAAGACAGGGAUUUUCUGUAGUCUUCGGUUGAGCUGUUUCUUGCUUUAACCAUUACAAUGUAAUUUCAGAAGUUCAAGAACAGUAUGUAGAACAUUUGCCUUUUUCCAGGUACUAAAACUCUUUAAAAAUUCCAAGCUGCUUUUAAGCUGCAGGUAUUUAUUAUGGACAUGACCCUUUGAACAUAAUGACAUUCUGCAAUUACGCUUUUGGAAUUCUAGCAAAAUGCUUAAUGCAUGUUUUGUCCUGUAAUCAGGCUUUUAGAAAUCCAAUAAAGGUUGCAAAUUAUUUUGAAAGAGGCAGAAUUUUUUCUUCCAGCCUGACAUUAGAAUAUGCUUUUGAAAGGUGUCUUUGCUGAAAUGAAAAAAAAAAAAAUUGAAAAGCUUAAAAAUUAAAAGAUUGAAAAAUAUAUAUUUCUUCCUACUGAGGGGUGGGGUUUUUUUGGAAGCAUUCUAUAUGAUCAGCUCAUGAAUCCACAGGAGAAAUACAUCAGCAGAUUAAGCUAGGUCUGGGACUUUAAAUGAUGGAUACAUUGAAAUUUCUUCAGCUGUGUUUUAUGCAGUGUACUAUUUGCACCCAGCUAAUGUUUUAUUUAAAAACUUAAGUUUUAGAAGUUUUGCUAACAGAGAGAAGUAAUCUCUAACACUUUUUAUGUGUUUUCCUUUGUUUGUAUGUAGAGGCAGGGUUUUUAUUUCCAUGCGCUGGUUGACUUCUGUUGCCCAGUUCACUUGACAUUUAGUUUUCUACAAGAUGGUUACUUUUUUUUCCCCCAAAUUCCUGUGAGAGACUGAUUCUCCUUUUUAGGGCAAAGAGAGAAAGUUCAACACGUACCCAGGAAGUUUUUUGUUUAAGCCAUAUUCUGUUUCAUGAAAGUUAAUAAAUACUUUUGUAUUAUA